UGUAAAUUUUCAUUAUUAAACUUUGUUUCUAUAUUAUUUUAAUAUUUGCUAAAUGUGUAUUUAUUAAUAAAUAAAAUAAUUAUUCGUGUAAGAUCUAAAUGUAUAAUUUAUUUUUAAUAAAAAAAAAUCUCAUAUGUGUAUCUAAUACGUGAUAGAAUGGGCAAAGCGUAUUGUGGUUAGAAUUUUAAUUGGAAUUAUGUUAUAAGAAGUGUAAUUUUAUGUUCCUUUAUUUUUUUUUUUUUUUUGAUUGUUAUUAUAAAUAAUGGAAAAGGAAGCAAAAGCUUGUCAAGGAAAGGAUAUUUUUGAGAGAAUGAACUAUUUGUAUCAGGCUAGUCAUUUGAUAGCAUUAAAAAAUAGAGUUGCAGCUUCAUAUUAUGGAAAUACAAUGAUGGGUUGUGCCAAGAAAUCUGUACUGCGCAUAGAACCAAAUAUAAAAAGAACGAUAUGCAAACGAUGCCAAUCUCCUUUAAUACCUGGAGAAACAGCUAGAGUAAGAUUAUGUUCUAAACAUAUGAAAGGAAUUAAAUGGACAUGUUUAAUCUGUUUGAAUAGUAAAAAGUAUCCUACAAAAAGAGGAUACAAGUUAUGGAUAGAACAGCCAGAAGCAAUAGUCGAAACUCUACAUUAUGUUCCUAAGAAAAAAUCUAUUGACUGUGAUAAGAACGAAAUGGAUAAUAAUAAAAAAUCGGAAUCGUCUAAUAGUAUGAAUAUGGAAAAAAACAAUUUAGAAAGUAAUCUCGACUGAGACGUAAUUUCAUUUCUUGUAUAAUAAAUUUGAUGUACGAAUAUUUUUUAUUAAUCACUUACAUAAAAUAUGUUACAAUAUUACAAUAAAUUUGUAAUUAAUAAACAGACACUUUUGCUAACUGGAAUAUUUAUAACCAUCUAGUAAUAUCAUAAUGCUGAUAAUAGUUUUACAUGUUCAUAGAAAUAACUCGAUCGAAGUUAUAAGUUACUGUUCUCAGAGUACAAGAUAUUAUUUUAUGGUGACCAUUGAUUGCAGUGAAAUCCAAAGAUAACUGUGCAUUUUUUUUUCUUUCUUUUUUCCUUCUUUUUUUUUCUUUUUUUUUUCUUUUUUUUUUUUUUUUUUUUUUUUUUUGUAGCAUUGAGGACGGUUUUGAAUGAACGCUUGAGAGAUGAUAUUAUAAAUGUCAUGAGUGCAAUGAAUUUUUUUUUGUCUUCUUUUUUUCUUUUUUUUUCUUUUCUUUUCUUUUUUUUUUUUUUUUUUUUUUUUUUUUUUUUUUUUUUAAUUAAGUUUGAUUCUACUGAAAUUCACUGCAAGCAAUAUCAUGUACCUAACUCACACAACUAUAUCCGCCCAUAUCCAGUAACUUCCAUAACAUUAUAUACGAUACUUAAAACAAAUCAGCACGCACGAACUCGAGCAUAAUCAAAUCACAGAUUAAUCAGACAAUGUCAGUCAUUUAAUAUCAACUUAAAUAAUUUAAUCUAGAUUAGAUGAUAUGAGCUUAGGGCCAUCUACAAACGUAUAAAUGGUUCGUAGGUAAGUAUUCUUAAUAUAUAAUAAUACUAAUUAUAUAGAAUGAACAUUAAUUAAUGAUAGUCUUUCACAUUUCCUUUA